UUGGCCCCUCCCUUCCUUCCAAAGUUGCAAGCUUGGAAGCACGCGAGCCAGCAGUGGGCACACAGACAUACAAAUACUAGAAUACAAGCUGAAGAAGAAGAGAAUCAUCAUUCAUUUCAUUGUGCACCAGCACCACCAACCCAACCCGACCGAGACCAAGAGACUCAGAGUAAUCCGGCCGGGUUCCAUUCCAUGGCGUCUCUGCUUCUCAAGGGCGUUCACAAGCGGCUGGGCCUGCCGUCCAUCUCCAUCUCCAUCUCCUGCUCCUCCGCCGACGCCACCAACAUCAUCGCCUCAACCACCACCACCAACGGCGUCGGCAGCAGCAGCGGCCGGGCCAUCGACCGCCACUCGCCGCGCCUCCGCGACCCACACCGCUCCUCCACCUCCAAGCCGCCAAGGCCAAGCACCAGUACCAGUAGCACCAAAGACUCGGCGUCCUCCGGCGACUCCAAGCAGCAGCACGGUCACGGCAACAACAACAAGAAGAAGAGCACCACUGCUGCUGCUGGGACUUCAGAGAAGAGGCUGGUAAGCCCGGCGACGUCGUCCAGGUUCCUCCUCAACUCCUCCCGGCUGCAGUCCGACGACCUCGACGUCCUCGCGCUCCCCCCGCCACCGCCGCCGUCGUUCAUCGACGUGUUCCCCGGCGGCGAAGGGAAGCCGCCGUCCUUCAUCGACGCGUUCCCCGGCGACGCCUCGCUCCCUCUUUACUUCGCGAAGGAGGCACCGUCGCCGGUACAGCAAGCAGAGACCUCCUCGUCCUCCUCCUCUGCUUCGUCGUCGUCCGAGAUCACAGCCGUCCAAGAAGAGGAGCAGCAGAAGGCGGCGGUGCUGGCGCGGUCGUCCACGACCACGGAGAGAAGAACGACGCAGGUGGUGGUUUUGAGGGUGUCGCUGCACUGCAAGGGUUGCGCGGGCAAGGUGAAGAAGCACCUCGCUAAGAUGGAGGGGGUGACGUCGUUCGACAUCGACAUCCCGAGCAAGAAGGUGACGGUGGUCGGCGACGUGACGCCGCUGGGGGUGCUCACCAGCGUCGCCAAGGUCAAGCCCGCCCAGUUCUGGCCGUCGCAGCCGUACCCCCCGCGCGCCUCCGCGUCCUUCUGAACUCAACAACUAUCUCUCAAGUCUGAACCACAUCAUCAGGAUUAGCAGACUAGGUAGCAUCAUCAGUGUCUGUCGUCCAUGCUGUGUUGACGGUGGUCUUGGGCCUCGGCACCCUUGUAUCUGGCUCGGACGACGUCCCUUUAGUGCUAGUCCGGUGUGUGGUCUUCGCCGGUUUCCCUUAAUUAACUGAUGCAUGUAUGGUUUU